AGGCCAGAGCAACCGGAGCAAGUUGUCACUGAAAGUGUCGAAGUGGAGCCAGCUUGCAAGCGAGUUAAACCCAACAAUGAUAAAGUUUCAUUCAAAAUUCAUUCAAAAUGAACAUGUAUGAAUGCAGGGCAGGCUUUGUUUUUCUGUCUGAUACUUUUGUUUUUGUUCUUGUUGACGGUGAAUACAGACGUACACGACGGCGAUACAACAUCGGAGAUAGUCGAUAAGACACCAGCAACAGAAGCGGCCUCUGGUAAGUUUAGGUCGUUAUUUUCUUUGGAUGUUUUGAUAAAACUAGAGGUAAUACCGUAGUCACUCGAUAUUUGUUUUAUCGAUAUACGGUUUGCUGGAUCUUCCAGAUGAAAUUGUUUUGAAAAUUCUUCAAUACCCGGCGCUAUCAUCAGUCAUUCACAGCUUGUCAAGUACAUGCAAGCGAAUAUUCCAGCUAUCCCAUACUGCUGUGUUAUGGAAACGUUUUACAUUACAUGAUACAGGGCGUCCUCCUCGUUCUACACGAGGCAUAGUUUUAAAGGCAUAUUUGAGGGGCACUGUAAACAUUUUCAGCAUUUAUAUUUCAACGGCGAGUUCGAAAAAGAUUUUUUUCCUUUGGUUUACUAAUCGUAAUGUUACACGAACUUUUAGCCUGCGUAGCAAGUGUUUCCAGUCGAGUUACAGCACGAGAGUUAGAGCGGGAGCAAAAAAAAAAAUUGGAAGGGGGAGGGGGAGGGGAGAAGAGGAAACGCUUGCCCGCAAGCCCCACGAUUCUGGAAAACGCCCCUAGAUAUUUCACGGUUCGGUUCAUUUGUAAAUUGACAGCUCGUCAAGAUAGAUAACAAAUAGAUUACCAGAUUUGAAAAAAUUACUUUGUUCCCUAAAACACGCUCCACGCGAUUGCAAAACUGUAAUAAAAAGAAGCUUUACUAUAAAAGAAGGUUGAAACUCUAAGGGAUUGCUGCGGAAUUUCUUGUUCUUUAUAGUUGAGUUAAAAUUUUAACGUUAUGUGGCUUUAUUUCAUCUGAAACCUUGUCAAAACGUCGCAAAGAAAUGAUUUGUCCGGAACGAUUCACUCCGCCGGCUAUGAGUUUUGCAGAGCAGCUGCUCUCCAUAGGCUAGCCAGUGUCGAAAAGUUCACUACAAUACAUGCUGCUCAAUUUCCAAUCACUUGUCCAUGGCGGCUCUAGCUACUGUCUAGUACUCGAUGUUCUGGUUUACGUUGAUGUUAUUUCCAACAAACAGUCCAUUUUUUUCCAGUCAGAUACGUACCCCGUCAUUCCCAAUACUGAAUUGGCCUUGACUAGUCUCCACUACUCGAUCUCCAAUUAUACUUUCGAUCGAAGAGACUCAGAUCUGAUAAACCUUCGCACAAACAUGAUUCAAAUAAAUAUCAGACCAAAGCAUUUGUAAUCUGCGACCACAAAUAAGAUCAGACCAGAUCUGCGACGCACGUAACCUGGUUAGAUUGAUGUGUUGAUUGCUAUUUAAUCAACACUACCAGCGCAGCACCAAUCAAAAGUUGCGUUCGUGGGCGAACGCAGCUUUUCAAAAUCGUGGGGUUUUGUGGGCAAGCGUUUCCUUCGCUCCCUUCCCCCUCCCCCCUCAUUCCUUUUUUUUUUUUUGCUCUCGUCUCAGCUUUCUCGACGAACUCGCGCGGAAACGCUUGCUGUGCAGGCUAACGAACUUUAGGAAGUGGCUCAAAUCUUGUUAUUUUAGCUUUGUCAACAAAUUCUCACAUAAAAGGCAUUUCUUUUGUAGUCAAUCUGUUACAUUUGAAAGAGUUGUACUUAGAACAUUGUAUAAAUAUUGAUGAUGCGGUAGCCAUUAGUGUUUUGAGUUGCGAUGCUCAUUUACAAGCUCUGGAGACUCUUAGUUUAAGAAUGUGCGAACAGUUCGACUCUGAGGAGUUGAUUGCUAUUGCACUCAGCCAUCCUAGUCUUCGAAUAUACAAGAUAGAUGGUUGUUGUAAUGUCGAUGUCCUUUCAUAUGUUAGAAUUUUAAACUUCCCACGGUUGUCAUUGUCAGAGUUUGACAUGACACCAGAUUUAGACUGUCAUACCAUAGAAGAAUGGAAUUACCUAGAAAACAUGUUUGGUGAACUAAGACUG